CCUCAGUUUUGACCAGUAGUGUUACCUUAUCAGUUUGAAGUUCUUCUUGUGGUGUCUGAUUUGGGACAAUGAAGUACAAGAUUCAUCUAAUCCAUGCCUCCAUGAUAAUCGGUGCAGUUAUGAUAAUAGCAUACCCUGGCAACUUGGCUGGAGUUUUGCAUGAACAAAUAGAAGAGAAGCUCAAAGGGAAAAUCACUCUGACUGAAGGCAGUAAAGUGCUUGAUACAUGGAAGAACCCACCUUCACCUGUCUUCAAGGAGUUUUUUUUCUUCAACCUCACAAACCCAGAUGAGUUCUUCGCUGGACAGAAGCCAUUCCUCACGCAAAUGGGACCGUACACUUACAGGAAGUACACACCCAAGGAGAACGUCGCCUUUGCGGAAAAUGGAACCAAAGUCUCUGCUCUGACAACAAAAACCUUUGUGUUUGUGCCCGAAAUGUCAGCUGGAGACCCGAGUGUGGAUCUUAUAACUACUGUUAACAUUCCAGCUAUAGCAGUGAUGAAACAUUUAGAGAAUUCAGGUUUUUAUAUCAGAACACUCUUUGCUAUAUAUAUGCUAUCAAUAAAAACCACCAUGUUUAUGACACACACAGUGGAUGAGCUUUUGUGGGGCUAUAAGGAUCCACUGCUCAGCCAUUUACACGAAAAAAACCAAAAGAUAGAUAAAAACUUUGGCCUCAUGCUAUACAAAAAUGGAAGUAGUGACGGUGAGUUUGUUUACUACACCGGAGAAGAUAACUAUUUCAACUACGGUCGCAUCGACACCUGGAAGGGAGAGAAAUUUUUGUCAUUCUGGGCCACCAACCAGAGCAACAUGAUUAAUGGAACAGAUGGUAGUGCUUUCCACCCAUUCCUGACAAAAGAGGAGCGAUUAAAUGUGUUCAGUGCAGACCUGUGCAGGUCAAUCUACAUGUUGUUUGAGAAAGAGGUUGUGGUGAAGGGGAUUCCAGCAUAUCGAUACACUCCUCCUCGUGCUGUGUUUGCCAGUGGAAAGAACAAUCCAGAAAAUGAAGGUUUCUGCCUUGAGAAAAACACUUGCUUAGAUGAUGGGGUCUUAGAUGUUUCAGUGUGUCGCAAAGGUGCUCCUGUCAUUGUCUCUUUUCCUCAUUUCUACUUGGCUGAUCAGAAAUACAUUGAUGCCAUCGAGGGAAUAUCACCCGUGCACGAACAUCAUCAGACUUUCCUCGACCUAAACCCUACGACAGGUGUGCCAGUUCGUGCUGCCAAAAGAGUCCAAAUAAACAUUAAACUUGACAAAAUACCCGGAUUUCCAAUAACCAAAAACCUGAACGACACCAUUUUCCCUGUCAUGUUCUUUAAUGAGUCUGUUGUGAUUGAUGACGCCUCAGCACAGGAGCUGCAGAAGCAGCUUUUUAAUCAUACCAGUCCUCCCUUGCAUCCUGCUGGGUCUGGAAGUUUUGAGAAAAAGCAGAGUCCCACAAAGACAGAGACUUCCUACUCUCCAGUCAGCGAUAAAGGUGACGAGAAGAAUGACACUUUUAUUGGCAUGACGUCUGUGGAAAAGUCUUGAAAAAACUAUGCUGUUCUUUCUCCUUUUUAACUCCUUAGAUUUUGAAAUGUGACAUUGAUAGGCCUCCACUCACGAUAAUUAGAUGAAUGGGUGAUUGAGUGACUGAAUAACCAAGAAGGUUUAGAGUCAACAAUUUAAAUAUUUUUUAUUAACAAGCUCAUGAUGCACCUGGCAGGGCAUUUUCGGUCAGAUUUCAGAUUGUAAUAUACAAUAAACUAUAAAUGCUGCUGUGUUAUUUCAUGAUUCAGGGAUGCAGCAGUUGCUAGCAUGGCUUGUGCCUUACAUUUGCAUUUUAAAGUCCAAAUCCACUACCAAAAACUGAUUUCAUCAGGAAUCAAAAUUAAUCUAAUUUUAAAUGAUUUCAUAGAUACUGCUGCCUGAUAUAAUUGGAAAGUCUUCGGGUUAAACUAAGGACAUAAGUAAUAAAGUCAGUAUCAGGGCUUGGUCAUGAAGUAUUUGAAAUUGGCAAUUUAAGACCAAAUGACAUUGGAUUUCCUGGGAAGCUUGUUCAGAUUAUUUCAGUUACCUGCAUGUAACACCUCUGAGGUUGUGAGAUUUUUCUUGACCAAAAGCAUUCGACAUGAGACUUUUUAAAAAUUUUAACAAUACAUAAUCACAGGUGACGACAAGUAAUUAUGUAUCAAUAAAUA